AGAAUUAGAGAGUGUAACGAUGCUUAGUACUGAUGUUAUAGAGAAAAUUGAAGAGGUGGAGAGUGAAUUAAUGUAUAUACUCUUUCAACUUGUGAAAUUUAAAAUUUUCUGGGAUUAUCGUAAUGUUCGUUUAGAAAAUCUUAUUCAAAGAGUUUCAACCGAAAGUUCUGAUGUCUUAUUACACAUAGUAAAAACAAUUAGCGAGUGA